UUGACAAUUUUAUUAUGGUUUUAGGUCAAUUCCUAAGAACUACUGAACGAAAAGCCCGUUGGGAGCAAAAUUAAAUGAUACCAGUCACCGAAAAGACUCGGAAUGCCCGUUACGACUUAGAUAAUUAAAUGCGGAAUCUGUUUCAUCCAUCAGAAAUCGACCCGUCUGCUUCUUCAGUAAAAUCCCAACCGCUUUGAUUUGAUUUAGAGGGGAAAAAUUAAACAAUGUGACUCCAAUACAUGCGGUAUAAUCAAUGGAAUUUCGGAUAUGCCAAUGCGUUGCGUCACAGAUGGUACAGUAUUCUCACUACAUUAUGAUGCAUAUGUAUUGACAAAUAAUCAUGUUCAGAGGCAUUUUGCUCUUUCCUGUCAUGCUGUGCAAUGGAGAACGACGUUUUUAAAAGCUGUCAGGAGAAGACCUCAAAGCCCCUGUGUCAGAUACCCUCGCAACCAGAGAUGCAAACUCGUCCACUGAAAGGGAAGCCUCCUCAGAUCAUGAUAGAAACAAAGCCGUCAGUGAGCAGCAGAUUGCCUGCCAUGACAAAGCUUCCAGUCCUACCUGGGGUCGCCUUUAAAUUUCAUAGAGCCAGCCUGGGUAAAAAGUUGUAUCAGCCUACAUCUGAUUUCAACCUCAGUGACCCAAACUGUCACAUUAUGAGGCCGACGUACAACAGUUUGCAUGACCCAAACCUCAAUGAAUACUACCAUCGGAAGGAAAUGCAUGAGAAGUUAAAGAAGCGAAACUUCAUCACUAAAGAGGACAACGUUGUAUGCUCAUUAAAGGAGUAUAACACAUACAAACAUUACCUGGAUACGGUCAAGACUGACCAUCAUAAAACGUACAGCAAAAAGUUGAAGGAACAGAUACUGAGAAUGGUUCAGUUGCAAGAGGAAGGCCAUAUACCUAAGGACGUUACCCUGGAAGAUAUGAUAGAGUACUUACUGAAUAAAGGAGCACAGAACCUGAAGCAUCUGCAGUCAACCAUUGGUUCCAGGGACAGGGGACAGAAAUAUGGCCUGCAAACUGCGUUGUAUGACCAAGAGAGAGAGUUUAAAGAGAAUUGGGUUUCUAAGGAGCGAUCCAGGCUGAAACUCAUUGAAAAGGAUGUGAGGCACGAUUUGAACAAGGCCAAGUAUAUGAAAGAGGCCAAAGAAAAGCGCAUCAGAAAGAAAAUGUGCAUUAUGGAACAAAAACAGGCUAUUCAGUUGAGGAUAAUGGAAGAGGAAUUGAAAAACCUCCAGGAGUUUGAGAGGUUGAGAGAGGCCUCUAUCAAACCAAAUAAGCUGCUGGAAGAAAUAUUUGAAAAACCAGCAUCUGCUCAGCCUGCUCUCAAACCUGCUCACUCCAAAACUGUAAAGAAAACAGUUUCUCUGUCAGUAAAAUCUAAGGAAAAGCCAGCCAUGCUACAGAGGAGACCAAGCCUUGCACCACGCCAGAGGAGACCAUGCCUGGAUGGUCUGGCACCGCUGAAGGGUUUCCAAGAACCUGUUUUUAGGAUCUUCAAAGCCAUCAAGGGACAAAGCAUCCCAGACAGAGCUCAGCUGAAAUCUGUCAUCCUCGACCACUUAGGCUCCAAGCUUGUCAGGAAGCAGCUGGCGGAGUCAAUCAGGGAUGAGGUCAAACUGACGAUUCCAGGGUCUACACCAGCGGCACAAAGGGCUCUGAGUGCCAGAAUCGCUUACGAUGUGUUGAAGUGCGUCUCUCGAGCGGCCAAUCCUAGCAAUGAACCUGCCUGCAGACUCCGUGGGGGCAACACAAUCAAACCCAAUGCUCAAGCAGAUGAUCCAGAACCAGAGGAGCGGAUGGCCAACGGAGAAGACAUAAACACCUAUGUGACAACGUUGAUCACUGACGUUCUGGAGGAAGUCCAGGAGCAGGUUAUCGUAAUGAUCCGAGAAGACUCCCCUACCCAAUUCAGAGUUGUCUCUGCAAAGGCCAGCCAAACAGCCAUUGAUGUGGUAAGCAAUGUUUUGGAAGACAUUAGACACUUAUUAAAUGAGGAAAACAUUGAAGAGCUUGCACUAGACUGUGAUGCUGAAGAAGGCACCUCAGGUAUAACAAACAUUCAGCCACCUGCAUUGACUGCAUUAAAAAAGGCAGACCCCGAGAACCGCCGAGAUUCCUGUUCAAAACUAGAAGGUGUCGCCUGUGACCUUAUUAACACUGCAUAUGACAGCAUCCUAUUCGAGCUGGCUUUUCCUGAGCUUCAGGGUGAAAGAGAUGAAAAAUCUCCUUCCCUGACUCUGGAAAUACUUCCCUCGGAGCCAGUGAUCUCAUCUUUAUCCAACUCUCCCAGUUAUGGAAUGGUGUUUUCAUCUGACACUUCAGAGGUUGCAGAAAUCAACAGUAAGACAAGCAGCUCAGAGGCCUCCGCAGCUGCAUCAACCUCGUCCCAGGAGUCGGAUACCACAACCACUGUAGAAUGCAAAGAAGAAAGAGUAGAGAAUGGUAACACCAGUGAAACAGACAACGUCCUUUCUGUCCCCUCAGUCAAUACUGAAGAAGUUGUUUCAAAGCCUAUUCUCUUGCACAAGGUGAAGAAAGAAAAUGCAGCCACCAGAAGCGCUUCUCUUCCCAACCUGUAUGGACUUGUUGUGGAUGCAGUUAUGGACCACUUCAGCACAGAACCCUUCAAAGACAAUCUGGCCCAAUCAGUGAAGAAUGAGGUGAGACGCACCCUUUCUAUGCCUGAAUGUGGAUUGUUGAACCUUCAAAUUGAUAAUUACUUUGAGAGGAAAAUGCUAGAGGAUAUGCUGAAGGACGUAUCCCGACAGUGCGGAGGAACAAGCUCUAGCACCGUGGCUGAAGAGGCUACAGAUGAAGAAGAGAUCUACAGACUAGAAUCUGCUGCAGCACAACUGAUACAGAAAGUUUUCCAGGAGGUCAAGACAAAUUUUGUUGUCAAGAUCAAGAAGGGUUCUCCCAAGAGAUGUCUAUCCCCAGAAGUAAGCCAAACAGCCAUCAAUGCUGUGAGCAGUCUUCUGGGUGACAUGGAGACAACUGUGAUGGCCAGUGUUCCAUGUUCUUGUACUACUUCCAGAGCAGAUAUGGAAGGAAUGCUCUCUGAGGCAACAGGCGAGCACCCAGCGAAAUCAAUGGCCUCUGCAAAAGUUGAGUUGAUCGCUGAUGAUUUAGUGGAAGAUGCCAUCGAUAUGUGCAGUGAAAUGAUUUUAGACGACCAGCCACUAGCCCUACUACAUGACGAUCCUGAAGAAGGUACAUCAAAUGUUGUUGUUCCUGGACCAAUUCAGAGCAGCCUGUCUGGAUUUGAUGAACGCCACACAAAAUCACAGGUCCUUGCAAUAAAGAUUGAAGACCAUGAGGUAAAGCCAAUUUUGAUCCAAGACACAGCGCUCAUGUCUCCAGGUGAGAAGAAUACGGAUGAAAAAAGAGUCAUUAGAGUAAGUUAUGUCUUUAACUCAUUCCCUAGAAGGAAAGCUCACCGGGCCACCAGAAGCACCUCUUUCCCUAACCUCUAUGUCACCCUUGUGGAUGGAGUUCUGGACCAAAUUAGCACAGAACCUUUCAAAGAAACCCUGGCCCAAUCUGUGAGGAAUGAGGUAAGACAUUCUGUCUCUUUGCCUCAAUUUGGAUCGGUGAACCUCAAAAGCGAGGACUGCUCAGAGAAAGAAAUUAUUGAGGAUAUGUUGAAAAGUGUAUCCAGAAAACGCAGUAAAGACCAGGCCUGUCAGCUGACCGGGAAAGCCAGUGAGACCAUGAAUGCCAACGUAGAUGCCAUUUCACUUACCCCCAAACUACAGUCUACUGCCAAAGACCAAAUCAUCAAAGUUCUGGAGCAGGUCAACACUAAAAUAAUCAAUAUGAUUAGACAAGAUUCUCCCAACAGGACGAUUUCCCCCAAGGCAAGCCAGACUGCCAUCAAUGCUGUCAGCAACAUUUUGGGUGCUAUGGGAACCUCUCUCAAGGCAAGCAACACACCAUUUGUUCCUAAUGUGGCUGGACUCCAGCCUGACCUAGAUGAUGUAGCAUCUUACUCAACUGAAGCUUUUGAGGGAUAUCCAGGGAUCUGGAUGUCAUCCCUGAAGAUAAAAUAUAUUGCCUCAGGCCUCAUGGACACUGUCUGUGAUGACCUACUGGAUGAGGAUGAGCGCUGGUGCAAUAUCCUCACAGGAAGACCUUGAUCUUCAUAAGGUAAUUACUUCAAAACCAGCAUCCCCAGUCAAUUGCAUGCCCGUCAAAGAAUGCCUGUCAAUGUCCUACCUUGAUGCUUUGAAGAAUCCUGAAGACAUUGAAAAUGCUACUCACCUCAGUAGAAGCAUUGACUCUCUCUCCGUAAUUGGUGUGCCUACUUCAACCUCAAAGGAAGUUUCAUACGGCACAGAAUUGAAACUGACACAGUUGCAAAAGGAUGUCUCUGCAUCAUCCUCACUUUAUGCCAUGAGCAACUGUCGGAGCUCAUUGGAGUUUCCCUCCAGUCGAUCCGAUAUCCCUAUUGACAAAGAGGCCCAAAGGAUUUCCUCCACAUACGAAGAAGACAGUCUGUCCAAAUCCCUCCUGACCUCUUCCAAAUCAGUCUUCAAUGUCUCUGGCCUCGUCCCUACUCCUCCAGAGGGAAAGCCAAAGGUGAGGCUGCCACGGCGCCCAGUGCUUCGCCUUAGGAAGGUUCCAGAGGAGCCCCCUAAAAAGAUGCACAUUGACACAGUUUGCAGGGAUGCUUUUCAAUUCCCAACUGAGACAAUGCGAUCGACCAGUCCAUCAUCAUUCGAGGGAGAAUUCUCAACUACAGAGUCCCAGAGGCCAAGGUAAUACUGUCUUUCUCAUAGUCCUAAUCUGAAAAGCUUUUUAACACCUAGCCCACUGUUGAUAUUUGAACAGCCUUGAUUCUAAAUGUUUUUAUUUUUGUAGAGCUUUCGUAGAGCUUUGAGAACUCUGUUAUGAAAAGCGUUGCACAAAUGAAAUGUAUUUUUUAUUCAUUAAGAGCGGUGGACAGCUCAGACAAGGAGUCUAUCUUUAAUAUAGACUCAUCCAAAAGACUCGUCGCAGAGAUAAUGCUGUCUGUUCGGGAGGACGUUGUUGAGGCAAAGCAGAGAGAGUUGGCCGCACAUCUGGCUACGCUGUCGUCUGACAAUGAGAUGCUCAGCACUUUGGCUCAGAGUGGGACACCCCGCGCCGAUUCAUGAACUGCCUCCAACAUCUCUCCUCAUAGCGAGAGUGAUAACUGACUUGGACAUACAUGGUAGAAGCAUUUGCUUACAUUAUUUUGAAUCACAUUGAGCUAUUAAAGAAUGCAUUUAUUUUCUAAAAAAGACAAAAGCAUUUAUUUACAAUGUGUAGUUUUUCUUAGAUGUAAGUGUUAAGUUAGGAAUAUUAAAUAGAAAAUUAGGAGA